UGAAGUCAUCCCAUACAUAACUCAAGCUUUCUUCAUUAACAAUGGCAAAGCUCCUUCGGGUAGCAGCCUCUGCACUAGUCUUUGUCAUCCUAUUGCUUGAGCUUAGGUUGGUUUACUCUUCAGCAGAACUACAAAGGCCAAUAAAGGAAACUUGGGAAGCCAAUAAUGCAGCUGUUAACACCGGUGCCUGCACAACAAAAAGCAAGGCCAACUUUGAUAAGCAGCAAUCAGAUUUAGGCAUGGCAGCUCAACCUCCACCACGCCUUCGGAGACGAUUGGCUCGAGGUAGGGACGGUGAUCAUCCAAGACCAGAAACAAGUCCAGCACAUGCUAUACCUGGCGGACGUCCUUAGUACGAGGAUCAUGUCUUGCCUAAGACUUGUAUUGACAGUAGGGAUAUCAUUAGAUUUCACAGCAAAACUCUUACCUGUGUAUCCAUUGCAAUGCCUUCAUCCUUGAUUUCCUGCCCAUAUAUAUGUAUGAAAUUGUUUCGAUAGUUAAAUAAAAUGUGUAGUGACCUCACAACGUGUCGGUCAAAUAAAUUUAUUUGAGAAUCUCUCAAUAGAAGAGAAUUUUACAUAAUUCAGCCCAUUGUUCUUUGAUCUGGGCUGCCAUGUUUGUAGCUAUCCCCCGUGUUCCCACUAUUAGUAUUGUUAGGGCCGAUGUGAUUCGGAUUUCCAACCUCGCAAGCAAAGCUUCUUUUUUUUUUUUUAUAAACUAGUUUGCUUUUUUGUUUU